UUUUUUUUUUUUUUUUUGUAUCUUUCUGCUAUGCUAAGGAGCAGUCUUCAUGGUGUUUUUUCUGUAUAUAAGCCAAAAGGCUGGUAUUCAAGAGAAGCAACAAAUUAUGUUCAGCAUGCCUUAUCCAAUGAGAUUCUUGGUCGAGAAAAAAGUAAUACGCGAUUCAAAAGAAAAGAAUUGAUCAAGAUUGGCCAUGGAGGAACACUGGAUCCAAUUGCAGAAGGCGUCUUGGUUCUGGGUAUUGGAAAUGGGUGUAAGGAAUUAACCAAGUACCUAGAAGGAAGCAAGGAAUAUAUUGUUACUGCUAAACUAGGUCAAGCAACAGAUACAUACGAUGUAGAUGGAAAGAUAGUCAAGGAAGGCAGGACUGAUCAUUUGACAUCGAGCUUAGUUAAAGAAACACUGUCUACAUUCAAGGGCCAGAUCACACAAAUUCCACCUAUAUAUUCUGCAUUAAAAAUGAAUGGAAAGAGGCUAUAUGACUAUGCGAGAGAGAACAUACCAUUGCCAGAGGAAAUUAAGCCACGAGUAGCAUUUGUAAAGGACAUUGAGUUGCUGAAUUAUGGAAAUGAUACCUGCGUAUUUAGAGUUGAAUGCGGAGGAGGAACUUAUAUGAGAAGUAUAGUCCAUGAUAUGGCAAUCGCAAUGGGGACCUUUGGACAUAUGACAGCAUUGAAGAGGACAAAACAAGGAUUGUUCACUCUAGAUGAUACAUUGCCAUUAGACUGGGAGAGUAUAUCUCUAGUAAACGUAAAGAGUAAAAUAGAAGAAAAGCAACAAAUAGUUAGCCUACCGAAGUCUUGAUGUUUAAAUGAAAAAGAUAUUGCGUCAAAUUGUCAUUGUUUAUUUAUUAUCUCUUUCUUCUAACGCACGUAACAGCAUUUUAAUUCUAUAUUCUGCUUUAUCAUUGGCUGUCUUAAGUUCUUGUAUUUCUUUCUUUAAGCUUUGAACUUCUGCUUCAUUGCUGGUAUUAUUGCUACUAUCUUGUUCUUUUGUAUUUUUAUUGUUGACUAUUCGUUUCAAUUGCUCUACUUGUGUUUGAAGAGCCUUAAUAGCUACGUCAACUGGAGUAUUGCUUAGAUAAUGUUCCUCUUCUAAAGUCAUUCUUAUUGUUGA